UAUGGCGGAGCUCGUGUCGUUUCCCGCCAAGCCCUCACGGAGCUCUCGUAUGGCGCACCUCACUUAUAUAUCAGUAUAAAUUAAUCGUGUUUUUUUGUGGUUUUUCUCAAGUUUUUAGAUAAAAAUGGGACAGUCAGACGAUGUAGAAGACUCUACUUACAGUAGACAUCAAGAUUUGUGUCAGAAAUUGAAUAUGGAUGCGACUGCUGCAUCUGAAGCUUGGAAAUCUUAUGAGACUAUUCGACAAAAUUAUACUCUUGAGGGUGAUCAGUUACAUUGGAUAGGGUGUGCAUUAUAUGUAGCUUGCCGUAAAUCAUCUAUACCUACUGUUGGGAAGACUGGUACUAAUGUGGAAGGAAAUUGUGUUUCAUUGACACGUUUAUUACAAUUGUGUAAUCUUCCUUUGAUACAGUUUUUUACAAAAAGUAAAUCUUGGGCUGACAUGGCCAAUAUGUCGCAAGAUUUUCGUUCAAAGAUUGAGAAACUUGAAGGGAACUUUGCAGUGUCAAUGGUUAUAUUCAAAAAGUAUCAGCCAAUCUUUACUGACAUAUUUAAAGAUCCUGUAGAUGAUAUUUCAAGGCCACCAAGAUCAAGGAGACACAAAGCAAUGCCUUGUACACCUGCAAGAGUAUUUGAAUUUUGUUGGACAUUAUUUAUUUGUAUAAAGGGAGCAUUUCCAGAUAUCUCUGAUGAUUUAGUUAAUUCUUACCAUCUUCUCCUAGUGUGUUGCGAUCUUAUAUAUAGCAAUGCUUUGUUGGCUAACAGGAAGGACCUAUUAAAUCCUAAUUUCCCUGGUUUACCAUCAAAUUUUAAUGAUGAAAAUUAUACUCCACCACAGACAGCAAAUUGUAUUGUUAGCUUAUUAUGUGAACGUCAUGAAGCUAUUGCUGUUGAAGCUAAAGUAAUUAAGGAAUAUUAUCUGAAAAAUCAUAUUAAUAAAUUGUUCAAUGAAAGAGUUCUGCGUGGUGAUCAGACAAAUUUCUCUGGUAUUUUAGAAGCUUUAUAUUUUGAUGGAAAUAGCAAAGCUAUCAACAGAGUGUAUGAACAACAUGUACUAAGUGUUGGAGACUUUGAUGAAAGGAUUUUCUUAGGUCAUGAUGCCAGUAAUAACAUCGGUUCACCUACACAGAUGAUGAAUGUCGGUGAUCUUCAUGAACAGUUUCAAAUGAAGAAAGAACAAUAUAGCGGACAGAUACAACACUUAGCUCCACCCACUCCAUUAACUGGACGCAGUUACCUCAGACCAAAAGAUAUUACUAAUGUGACACCAGUAUCCACUGCAACGCAGAGUGUAAUUCGGCUCCAAGCUAUGUUAGCAGGUCAAACAUCACCGAGCGAAAAUUUGUUGCAAAUCUUAAAUAGUUGCUCUCAAGACGUAAAGACGCUCGUCGAGACGAAAGUCAAAGAGCUCGGAGAAUUAUUUUGCGCCAACUACAACAAAAGUACAAACGCGAAUGAUACCACGUCAGAUUUUGGCAAGAUGAGACUUUAUUUAGGUCAAACCCUUUUCUAUAGACUUCUAGAAAUGAUUUUAAAUGACGAGAAACGCAAGAAACCAAAUUAUGACGUUACGAAUCUUCUGACGAAAGAAAUCUUUAUUCAGUGCUUAUUUGCCUGUUGCUUAGAGAUAGUCAUUUACUCGUAUAAAAGCAACGACAAAAUCUUCCCUUGGAUUUUGAACGCCUUGAAUUUAGAUGCCUACUAUUUCUAUAAAGUGAUAGAAAUUAUAGUUAGAGCGGAAAAUCAAUUAUCACGCGAUGUUGUAAAGCAUUUGAAUCAAAUAGAGGAAAAGAUAUUAGAAUCACUUGCAUGGCAAAGUGAUAGUCCUUUGUGGGGUGCCAUUCAAUCCACACCUGAAGGUGUACCAAGCUGCGAAGAAGUUUCUUUACCAGGCAUGUUGGAAACUGUUGACCCGAAUAUUCCAGGACAACCUGUAUUGAGAAGGAUCGCUUUGGACCGUGGUACUCAUCACGAUGUUCAACAAAGCCCUAUUUCCUCUGCUUCAGAAAGAUUUCAGUCUCCUGUUGCAGCAUCUGGUGUAGCUAAGAAACGUCUAUUUCCUGACACUAGAAUCGGUGGACAAAGCGUCUUACGAGUGACAGGUCAAAGUGUUUUACCAUCGAAAGUUUUGACCAUUGAUGGCAAUUCAAGAAUACUUCUCUUACCUGAACAAAUUACAGUUCCAAGAUCAUCUAGUGUACAAUCUACAGGUACUCCGAUGCAAACUGUAGCAGUUAACAGAGAGCCAGCAAAACCAAAACGAACCGGUUCUGUCGCACUAUUUUUCAGGAAAUUCUAUAAUCUAGCUAGUGUACGCAUGUUAGAUUUAUGCGGUUCGUUAGAAAUAAUGGACAUCGAUUUAAAGAAGAAGAUAUGGACGAUCUUUGAGUACUCUAUUAAGGAACGAACAGAAUUAAUGAAGGACCGUCACUUAGAUCAAAUUUUAAUGUGUGCAAUUUACGUCAUAUGCAAGUUGGCAAAGAUGGAGAAGAAUUCGUUCACUGAAAUCAUGCGAUGUUACCGAUUACAACCACAAGCAGAAUCUCACAUAUAUAGAUCAGUACUUAUAGCCAAAACACCAUCCGGCGAAUUACAGAAGAAUAAUGAAGAAAUCGGGCAGAAAGAUGUAUCCGAUAAAGAAACCAAUGCGGCACCUCCUACACCUACAAACAUGGCUGGGACUUCGCAGAACUUCGGAGAAGAAACACGUGGAGAUUUAAUUAAAUUUUACAAUACAGUAUACGUACCACAGGUGAAAGAAGUGGCGAAUAAGUUGGGACUAGCACGCGGAAGCGUAAUGAAUCUAUCAUUAAGUCCACUACCGAAAGGGAAGCCUCCCGCGAGUUCACCGGUGAGACGUGUCACCAGUAGUAUUAUGACACGUACAUUAGAUCCGAAAGCUAUUUCUGCUUCUCCAGCACCACAACUUAGUUAUUGCUUUAGUCGUAGUCCUGCUAAGGAUUUAGAGGCUAUUAAUAAAAUGAUGAUUUCUGUCGACCCGAAAAGAUCUGUGGGCAAGCGACUUUUAACAGACGAAACCGACGUGGAGAUGUCAGAUGGAGGACCAUCUCCGAUCAAAAAAACAACUACAUUUGUUGCGCGUAAAUUGGAAAACAUAAUUGGCGAACGACGUACGCAAAAUCAAUAAGAGAAUUUAAUUGAACGUUAAAUAACUUAUUGAAAAUAUGGGUAAUGAAAGGAAAACUAUUUUUUUGAGACGUCUUCGUUCUCAUUGAAUAAAAAAUAAUUAAUUAAAAAAUCAAACAAAUAGGAACAAUCAUUUUGAAGUCGAAUUUUUGUUUCUUGGCUGUGUGGCUUAAAAUGUUCGCUCGAAAUGUUCUCAGGUAUGAUCAUGUUAGAAACAGAGAGAGAAAUAACUGAUCGUACAUAGGAAUAGGAUAAUGUUGUAUUCGGUAAAGCCAGAAUUUUAUUUCCAGUGCGCUCUUUUAGCUAUUUCAAUGAAUUUAAUUAAAAGAAAGUUAUUUUAAGCAUUGUUUCAAAGAUAAUAAUUCUGGGAUGUAAAAAAGUUAAUUUGGGCAUUUUCUUAGCACUUCUUCCUUAGAUGUAGUUUAAUUUUAAAUAUUAUAUUUUCGUUGUGUAAGUAUUCCAUAUCACAUGUUAAUAGAGAAGAUAUGAAAAACAUAUAUUACGUGUCUAUCAAUUGAUGAUUAUGAAUGAAUCGUUCGAUUUUCGUGUUAUACUGGAAAUGAUUCUGACUUUUAUUGAUAUCGCUGAUCAGUGAUAUUUUAAUCAAGCUAUGUACUAUCUUUACAAUUAUAUAUAUUAACUUAUAUAUAAUAUAUGAUGAAUUUGUAAGAGUUACGGUCAUAGACGUUAAAGAAAUUUUAUUUUACCAGUAGAUUUAAACAUGCUACAAAGGCAGUCGAGUGCUCGAAGCAUGAAAAUACGAUCUGGGUGAUAUUUAAUUAAAUGUACGAUCAUUUGAUGUAUACAUAUAUAUAUUGUUUGAUCUUUCGAUUAUAAUAAGUUAUUCGCGUGUCUCGGAGAUUUCGUUUGUUUCGUGAACUGAGACUUUUUCAAUUUCCGAUCACACCUAACUAGGUGCGUAAUGUUAGGAUGUAAGCGUUCUUUUUUCUUUUUCUCUUUUUUUCAAAUUUUACAUUUGAUCUCAUUAAAUUUGUCUUUUUAUUGUCAAACAAUACAUAUUAAAUUACAGAUAAUAUUAUUAUUAAGAUUAGAUCAAUAUUUAAAUGACUUAGGGUUUAAAGGAAAGCUCUCAUUUGUCCAAGAAAUUUUUCAUAAAUGCGGAACAAAAAGAAAUUUGUAAAAAAUUUGUAAGUAAAAAAACGAGUCGAUUAUCUCAAAGAGAAAUCGUAACGCGAUUGUAAUAACAAUAUUUUCAGUAUCGUUAUUACGCAUGACAGUUUACAGCACAAAUAGUGUACUUGAAAAGUUUUCGAACUAGAACAAUAUAGUUCGGUGAGGAAGAGAUCUUGCUUCUCAUACACAUACGGCAGUUCCUCUAAUGACUUCUUUUAGAUAAAAAAGAAAUUGUAAAGAGUUUUAUUGGCAUAUAAUAAUUAUUAAAUAGUUUAUGUGUACAUAGUAUUGUAAUUCGAAAGUAAAUUAGAAAAAUAAAAGGCGAAAAUUUUAUAUGUUA